CAUCACACAGCUCGUCCUGUUCGCUUGCUGACGAGGGAGCACCUAUUAGGUCUUGUUCACCUGUCAAGUUGCGAUUAGCUGUCAGUGAUUCACACAUCUGUUCAAUUCCUACCUACAUCAAUAUCAUGCCUCUUCAGUUUGAGCUGUGUCCCGGUCGAAUGAUUGGGGGAGACCAUCCGUGCUUCAUCAUUGCUGAAAUUGGGCAGAACCACCAGGGAGACAUUGAGAUUGCUAAGAAAAUGAUCAAGAUGGCAAAGGACUGUGGUGCUGACUGUGCAAAAUUCCAGAAAAGUGAACUGGAAUGCAAAUUCAGCAAGCGAGCCUUGGAGCGCCCUUACAAUUCAAAGCACUCCUGGGGGAAGACCUAUGGAGAACACAAGCGCCACUUGGAGUUCAGCCACGAUCAGUACAGGGAAUUGAAAAAGUAUGCCGCAGACAUAGGCAUCUUUCUCACUGCCUCUGGCAUGGAUGAGAUGGCUGUGGAGUUCCUUCAUGAGCUGGAUGUGCCCUUUUUCAAAGUGGCCUCCUGUGACGCUAACAACUUCCCAUAUUUGGAGGAAACUGCCAAAAAAGGACGUCCGAUGGUGGUGUCCACUGGCAUGCAGUCCAUGGAGACGAUUCGUCGUGUCUACAAGACAGUAAAGGAGUACAACCAGAACUUCACUCUCUUGCAGUGCACCAGUGCCUACCCUCUGGACCCCAAAGAUGUCAACCUCAGUGUGAUCACGGCGUACCAGAGAGAAUUCCCAGACAUUCCAAUUGGAUAUUCUGGACACGAGCAAGGGAUCUACAUCACUGUGGCCGCUGUAGCAAUGGGAGCAAAGGUGGUGGAACGUCAUGUGACCCUCAAUAAGACCUGGAAGGGGAAUGACCACGAGGCAUCUCUGGAGCCCUCUGAGCUGGCAGAGCUGGUCCGAACAAUCCGACUGGUGGAGACGGCCAUGGGAUCACCUGCCAAGAAGAUGCUACCAUGCGAGAAAAACUGCCAUGAUAAGUUGGGCAAAUCAGUCGUGGCUAAAGUGGCCAUCCCUAAAGGGACAGUGCUGAGCCUGGAUAUGUUUGCAGUGAAGGUUGGCGAGCCUAAGGGCAUCGCUCCGGAGAAUAUGCAGCAGCUGCUGGGCAAGACCAUUACCAUGGAUGUCGAGGAAGAUGACAGCAUCCUAGUGGACAUGAUAAAAUAGUUACGAUUCUUAACUGAGGCAGAGAGAGAGAGGGCCAGCGUUACUGUUUGAAUAUGAAAGAUAUAAACACAGAAGUGAGAGUCCAGAAAAGAGGCGAACAAAUGAUUGUGUAUGCAUGUGUUUGUCUCUGAGUAAUUUCUAGUAAGAUAUGGUUGAAAGUCAGACAAUGGUUCACUUGUAAUAUUUUCUCACUCUGGUAAAACAGACAUUAUCUUUAUUUAAAAUAAUCUGUCCCUGUCUCAUUUUCUUGGCAGUUAAAAAAAUGGUGAGUUGUCAGCACAGAGGUGAAUUGUAUGAUCUAAUAUGCAAUGCCUACACUAUAUAUUGCAUUUGUGGGGAAUCUUAUUGUUUUUGUGUUUUGGGGAUUGCAACAACCUCUGGUAAUUCCACAGGUAUUACAUGCAGUACGACUGUGGUUAUCUUGCAGAAUAAAUGGCUAUU